AUGUCCCACGGCACUACUGAAAGAGUUCCAGACACAAAGCAAAGCCCAGAAACACAUCCAUACAUUGUCGACCUCACGCCGCACUUGGAUCAACGCUUGUACCGUUUGCGCGAGGACAUCCUUCCAAGACAGCCUUAUCUUCUCUCCGUCCCGUCCGACGUACCCUACCGACAUAGCUCGCGGUUCGUCAAUACUUGGUAUGAAGGUACCCCGUUUAAUGCCCAAGAGGAGCAGAUACAAUACGUGAGCUUUCUUCCCCAUCAGGGUGAGCACGAGGCCCUUUUGAAAGUAGAGGGUGGGUGGGCGGACGACCAAGGAAACCCUAUUCAAGAAGACCUCUCUCCAAAGACUGUCCCUGCCAGUGGUCGUGACACUCCUGCGGACAUUGGACAUCGGAAAAAAAUUAGUUUGAAAGAUUACAAGACCAAGGGCAGAGGUUCGCCGGACUCAACUUCGCAAUCACAACCUUCACAGGAAAGGAAGACGGGAGUGAGGGAAGGCUCCAAGCUCGAGGAGGCCGAAGCUCCGUCCGAGAACAAGGAGAGGCAAGAUAGACUUGUUUCCCCGGGACACCCCGUCCAUUCGCACAAUUCCGGCUCCGACCAAACAAUACCUUGUCUGGACGGCCCGAGUUCUCCUUCGAGUCGUCCGCAAAUCCGACAGGCAAGCCCUCAGCACGCUGCGAAAAGAAGGAAAUUGUCACCGCUGCCCGAAAAUUCCAAAGUCGAGAUGGGAGCGUCAAAUCUUGAGUCGCAACCUCCAGUCAUGAAGUUGCCCAGGCUGUUGUCACCGACACUCCCGUCCCCAGAAAGGGAUACGGGUCUGCCGCAAUUACUGUCCCCGCUCUUGCCUCCUUCCCUUGCGUCGGUCAUCGCGAGCUCCCCCGGUUCUGUCUCAAUCGGUAGUCCUGCCAUUGCACCACACCACCGCACUGAGCCAGUCCGCUCCAUCCUCGCCCGAGCGGAUCUCGAUUCUGAUUUGCUUGGUGAGAAGAAUGGAUUGUUUGCAGGUGGGAGUCGAGUUCGUUCAAGCAGUCAGCACUCGGCCCGCAGUUCUGCACCGGGUACUCCUAAUGCUGCCAAAGUAGCGUUGGGUGCAAAAGUUCUUUCCAAGACUGGCGUUAAGACCGGUACACCGUUGCAUAACGGGGCUCGAGCCAGUCCCGGCCCCAGACAAAGACACACCAUAAUUCUCAAGUAUGGCAAAAAGAACCGAAAGCGAGUCGAGGCGCUACUGAAGCUUGCACCGCGCUCAAAGAAGGAAGUGCCCAAACGAGACGCAGUCGACAGCCGGAAUCCCCCGGAGAUUCAGUCAAGGAAAGAAACGGCACCACUAUCAGCUCCCAAGGUCAGAUCUCAAACGGAUGCAAUCGAUAUUACCAAGGUCGAGAAGAAACGCAAAGCAGAAGACAGUCCAGGGUCCUCACUGAAAAAGGCCAAGACCUCGAACUUGAAUGUUGACGAAGACAAACGGCCGACCACCCCCAUUCCGCCAGCAGGCAGGACACCUUUCGUAACCCAGCCGAGAUCAGCCUUCUCGACCCCCAAAAGAGAUUUGAAGUCUACAGCAAUGCGACGAGUCGAGUCGUCCGAUGGCUUAGAUGUACCAACCCCUUCAGGAGAGAAGGCUCGGGUACCUACACCAUUGCCAGGCCCCAAGCCUUCUUCUCAGCCUCCGGCGUCUUCGCUCAGUCGAGAUGAAGAACGCCAACAAUGGACCAACCUCAACCAGAGGUUCUUCACUCUGGGCAGAACCCUCAAGCACGAAGGAUCAUCAAUGCUUCCAAGCUCAGACAGCGAUUCACCCCCCGGUCAGUCUGCCAAAGCGGUUCUAAUAUUAAUAGAAGCGCUACUCUGUUUCAUGAUAAACAUUGCUGCACAAUCUCAUACCCGUCCAGGUGUUGAUCCUGGAUGGAGGUCGAUCAUCCUCUACCACAUCUUCGUUUUCCGCGCGUCGAGAAAGUUCCCACAUCUACAUGGUCUGGUGGUUCAGCUUGGAGCAGUCUGCCGGCAACACAUCCAAAAGUAUGACAUGGAUCGGCUCGCACGCGAUCCCUUACCCGGGGACUAUUGCAACUCAGCACCAACCCCUGGCAGUGAUGGCAAUACGAAGACGAAUGAAGACAGCGAGAAGUACAAGAAGCGUUAUGUGGAAUUCAGAGACGACCUCGUUCAUAAUGUGCGCGAAUUGCAGACUGCUUGGCUUGAUGGCUCGCGGUAUCUCUCUCUCGAUCUGUUGAAGCGCGAGUAUCCCAACACCUGGUCUAAGCGAACAGAAGACACCAGCGUUAGAUUCCAGGAGAAACUUUCGCCUUCGAAAAUCUCCAAAGAUUUCUCUCUGCCGAUGGACACCAAUACCACCGCUUUUGAAGCUGCAAGGUUCAGCGUUUCAUUCCUUGAAGAGUGGGCGGAGAAGGAGAAGAUUGACUGGAAGACCAGGAUUGAUCUAUGA